UCUUGACAGAAGAGGGCAACGCCCCCUCCGCGUCUAUGUGAACGAAGGUGAUGAAAGAGUUGGAAUGUGUUUGACGAGGAAGUCUCAGUCAGACUUGAGACUUGUGUGUGGUGAGAUGUCACAAUCAAGGCGCCUAGUUGCUGCAGCUGCGACAUUAGUUAUUAUGAAGGAUUUGAAGAAAAAGAAGAGAAAGAAAGGUGUGUGGGUCAGAGAAUGGAUAGCCAGAAGAAAUGAAGAGGGAGCACAUGCAAAACUGUUAAGAGAAUUGCUUGAUGAGGAUGCAGUAUCCUAUAAGCACUUUCUACGUAUGUGUCCUGAAGAUUAUGAUUAUUUGCUGGAAAAAGUAACCCCUAAAAUUAAAAGACAAGAUACUCAUCUCAGAAAAGCAAUCACCCCUUCAGAAAGGCUAAUGCUUACACUUCGAUUUCUAGCAUCUGGGGACAGUUACCACUCACUGAUGUACACGUUCCGCAUACCAGUAACAACUAUUUCGAAAAUAAUCCCCGAGGUUUGUGAGGCACUAUACGAAGUUCUGAAAGAAGAUUAUCUUAAGAUGAAUGAUAAAAAGGAAGAGUGUACCAAAGGUACACAGAACUUUUGGUACAGUGAUAAACGGUAUGCACAGUUCUGGCAGCACUACAAUACUAUGAUGAUGACAGCUCACAGAGAUGCAAUUGUGAGAGCAAGAUAUGUUGCAGCUCACACCAAGGCUGCACUCUCUAGCAUGCUUGGAUCAUUACCGGUAUAUCUACAACAAAAUGUUCCUGAAGAUGAAAUGUCACAUCAGUCACUGUUUAGGAAGUACCACUCCUCUACUUGUUCCACCAAAAGCCUGGCUGAUGCUACACGAACCAACAAAAAUAGGCGAAAAAGGAAGAGGAAACUGAGGAACAGGAGAAAGAGGGCAUUGUCCAAUCAUAACAAUCAGGGAGUAAUUAGUGAUACAGAGAUACUCCACUCCCAGAUGAGUCGAGGGAUGCAUAUUCAAGAAGAUGCGGAUGAUGAGGAGGAUAUGGAGGUGACUGAGGACUUCCUUAAAUUUCUAGAGCAAAGUACAAAGCACCGAAAGCAGUGGAAAGACAGGAAAGGUUUCGGUGGGCCAGUAACCUCCCCAGAAGAACCAGGAGCUGAUACAGGACCCAAGGAGCACCCAGAUGUUGUGCGGAGUCGUGAGAUGCAGCAAUUAUAUGGACAAAAAUCUGCAAAAAUACAUGCCAUGGAAACAGCGCUCCAACUUUCCUUUGACCGUCUCUCCACAUUAUACCAACCCCAGUACUGGCCAAACAUACCCUUCAAUGUCAUGUUUAAAUAGAAAGUAUAAAUAUUAA